AUGGCUGACUUAUUAGCUGUGCCGUUAAAGAAGUCUUCUGACGUAGAUAUUGUAAAACCCUUGAAGAAUUUAAUUCAAUCGACUUAUAACACUGGAGAGAACAAUGUUGAUUAUAGUGAUGCCAUAGAAGAGUUGGGCCGCCUAAGAGCUAACGCUAUUUGGAAGGUUUUCGAAAAGUCUUCACUAGAAAUUAUUUACAGUUAUUAUGACCAGCUUACAUCAUUGGAAACUAAAAUCCCACCACAAGAGGUACAAAUUCCAUUUAAAUGGAAGGAUGCAUUUGAUAAGGGUUCUAUAUUUGGAGGUCGUAUGAGCCUUACCGUUGCCUCAUUGGCAUAUGAGCGUAUGUGUAUUAUGUUCAAUAUGGCUGCUAUGCAAAGUACUGUAGCUGCUCAGCAAUCACUUGACACAGAGGAUUCUCUUAAACUUGCAGCAAAAUUGUUACAGCAAGCAGCUGGAAUCUUUGCAUACCUGAAGGCAAAUAUUUUAAUGGCGGUACAUCAAGACCCUACACCAGACCUCAAUCCAGAGACUCUGCAGGCAUUGUCGCAACUCAUGUUAGCUCAGGCACAGGAGGUCAUUGCUUAUAAAUGCAUACGAGAUGAGAUGAAGGAGAGCAUGGUGGCGAAGGUGUGCGCGCAGUGCGAGGAGCUGUACACGGACGCGCUCCGCUGCAUGCAGAAGGAGCAGCUCAAGCCGCUCUGGGACCGCGACUGGAUACCAGCCGUUCAAGCUAAGCAGUCCGCGUUCCGCGGUCUCACACAAUACUACCAGAGCCUCGUGUGCCGCGCCAAUAAGGCUGUCGGAGAGGAGAUUGCGCGUUUGCAGGUGGCGACGGAGCUGCUGAAGGCGGCGUCCGGCAGCGGCGGCGUGGUGCAGGAGGCGGGCGCGAAGGCGGCGCGCCAGCUGGCGGCCGCCAGGCGCGACAACGACUUCAUCUACCACGAGCGCAUCCCCGACGCGGCCGCGCUGGAGCCGGUGCCGCGCGCGCCCAUCGCCAAGGCGCUGCCGCCGCAGGAGCGCUGGGCGCAGCCCUUCCGAGACCUGUUCGGGCAGCUGGUGCCGAUGGCGGUGCACCAGGCGCUGCAGUCGAGCGCGGCGAGGCGCGCCGACCUGGUGGCCGUCGAGGUCAACAAGCUGCGCGACGCCACGCAGCUGCUGAACAGCGUGCUGGCCUCGCUGAACCUGCCGGCCUGCCUGGAGAGCGCGGGCGGCGGCGCGCUGCCCGGCUCCAUCCGCGACAAGGCGGCCGCGGUGCGCGCCGCCGGCGGGCUCGACGCGCUCGCCGCGCUCAUGGCCGACCUGCCCGAGCUGCUGCAGCGCAACAAGGACAUCCUCGACGAGGCGGAGCGCAUGCUGCGCGAGGAGCGCGAGGCGGACGAGAGCCUCCGCGCACAGUUCGGCGCCCGCUGGAGCCGCAGCGAGUCGGCCUCCCUCACCGAAUCCUUCCGCGCCAACGCCGCCAAGUACGCGCAGAUCAUCGACAACGCGGUGCGCGCCGACGCCAUCGUCCAGCAGAAGUUCCAACAGCACAAGGAGAACAUCGCGUUGCUGAGCAGCAGCGAGGGCGAGCUGCAGGCGGGCGUGCCGGAGGCGCCCGAGGGGGGCGGCGCGGGGGGCUCGGACGCCGCGCCGCUGCGCCAACUGCGCCAGCUCAUGGACGAGGUGGAGGCCAUGAAGGCGGAGCGGGACACCAUCGAGACGGAGCUGAAGGACGUGACGGUGGACCUGAAGGAGCGGUUCCUGGCGGCGCUGGCGGCCGACGGCGCCGUCGACGAGCCGGCGCAGUCCGCGGCCGCGCUGGGCGCCGCGCUGGCGCCGCUGCAGCGCCGCGUGGCCGACACGCUGCGCCGACAGGAGACCCUCGUCGCCGACAUACAGCAAGCCCACUGCGCGCUGAUGGGGGCGCGCGGCGGCGCCAGCGGCCGCGACGCCGCGCUCGGUCGCCUCUGCGCCGCCUACGACGCCUACCAGGACCUCACGGGCAACCUCAAGGAGGGCGUUAAGUUCUACAACGACCUCACUCAGCUGCUGGUGGCGUUCCAGAACAAGGUGUCGGACUUCUGUUUCGCGCGCAAGACGGAGAAGGACGAGCUGCUGAAGGACCUGACGCAGGAGGCGUCGCGCUCCUCGCCGCGGCCCGCGCCCGCGCCCCCCGCCCACCACUCCGCCCCCGCCGCCGAGCCCGCCGCGGUGAAGAAGGAGGCGCCCCCGCGCCCCCCUCCGCCGUCUGGCGCCCCCUCGGCCGCCGCCCCCGCCGCCCCCGCCGCCCUGCCCUACCCAUCGCAACCGCAAGGCAUGCCGCUGCCGUACGGCGCGGGCGCGCCCUACCCCGUGUACGCGGCGCCGUUGCCAGCGCUCUACAACCCGUACGCGACGUUGCCGUACCCGCACCACGCGCGCAUGCCGCCGCCGCAGCAGUACCAGCCCUACCAGUACGCGCCCCCCGGCCCGCACUACCCCGCGCACCAGCCGCCCGCGCCCGGCUACAACCCCUUCCCGCAGCAG